GCGCAAAAACAUAAAAAUGACAUCAACAGUAUGCAGCUUCCCGCCUCGCUUCACAUAUCUGACAUAACAUUCACCCAUUUUCAUUCCCACAAUAACUACAAACUCUCUUCGCCGAUUCUCCCUUCUCUCUUCUGCUCAGUAAACAUGAACUCCGCUCGCGGUUACAGAGAAUCUACACCUUCGAAUCUAUCAAAUUCAGGUUGCAAUGGGGUUUGUAUAAUGAGUACCACUUGGAAAGAUGAACAACAUCCAUCCUUCAUCAACUUCAUCUCCUCCUUCCUUGAUGCAAAUUCUUACAGAUUAAAUUUCAUGCCAAUAGCUCCAGAUUUCAUAUUUAACUGUGGAGGUUUGUCUGUAGCUUUCAUAUUUGUGACUAAUUGGGGCUCCGAGGACACUGCAUCUAUCUUCAGCAAAAUUCAGAAGUUGAGGGGACAAUUCGCACACUUCUAUGUGGUUGUUACCCUCCCAACCAAGGAGCAGAAUGACUCUUUCAUACGCUCUUAUUUCAAAUAUGGUAUGGAGCUUGGUAGACCAACCUUUAUUCCUGUACAAGACUUGGAGAUGGGCUUUGAGAAGAUUGUAAAGGUCUCACAUGCUCGUGGAGUUUGUAAGCGGCAGGAUGGUAUAGCAAAAUUGAGAGAUGAGAGGGAAAAGUCUGUGCAAUCAAUGGACAUCUACGUCAAAGUUGUCACAUCCAUUCCCGGGAUUGAUAACCAUGACGCAAAUGCGCUCAAUCAAGCCAUUGGUUCCAUUGAAGCAAUAGCGAAAGCAUCAAAGGAAUACAUUUUGGAGAACACUGAUCUUUCAACUGAGAAGGCUGAAACUAUUACAAGGUUCUUCAGAGACCCAAAGUAUUACCUUGGUCCCAAAAUAAGAUGAAUAUGGAUUUUUAGCUUAAUUGCAUUCUGCAACUGUCUAAAACUUUUGACAACAAAAUUUAAGCUGUUUAGUGCACAUUGCUGUUGGUUAGACAAAUUAACCAUGGUGACUUCCGUUGUCUCCAGAAAGCAAGAAAUGAUAAAUUCUGUAAUUUUUCAAGGAACCUGUGGAAACCUCAUGAUUGUAAUUUUUGCAGCACUCCCAUCUUUGGAACUUCUAUCCUCCUGAUUGUGCAUGCCAUUGUUGUUCUUUGAGCUUUAUGGAACAGAGUAUUAUGCUGUGCUCUAUCUACAGACCUCUAUCUAAUCUCGUUUAGAUAAUGUGGUUUUAGCAUCUUGAGGUAGAAUACAAUUAGUGCUGGCAUUGGUUUUAGGAAAGGGAUUAAAUGCAAGGAUGAGAAAGCACACCUGAAAGUAUAUCACUAACCACUUCGAAUUCUGUAGUGUUUAAAUCAAAGAUUGUACAGUAUUAAUCUGUGUCUAGUAAACUGGGAUUCUCACUGGGCUUUUGUUUGUUAAAGAUGUGAAGAUGUGGUGAUACAGUCUGUGCAUCAACCAAUCCUCUCAGCUCUAAUUGCAGCAGGCGCAUUGGUCUGCUUUUCCAGUUACAUGUCAUCCACAAUCAGGCUCGACAGCCGUUUCCUAUAAUAAAGGAAUGGUCUAAAGCAUCUAGGAAAGAUAAUUCAGCUUAAGCUGAACAGUACUGCAAUUAUCAACUAUGCCAAGCACACAGCCAAUAUGCUGCACCGUUCCUUUAAAACACUCUAUUAUACCCUCCAACUAAACAGAGAACACAGA